GGAUAUGUAGCGGGCAGACCCAACCCCACGGCACUCAGCGUGGUGCUGGCUAACCUGGGCAGCCUGAUCCUGGUUGGCGACCCUGCACAUAGCAGGGGGUUGAAACUACAUGAUCGUUGUGGUCCUUUUCAACCCAUUCUGUGAUCCUAUGAUUCAUCAGGCUGUGAGCAGACACUGCAUUAUAUCGGGUACAAGUAUUGCUAUCGUUGCAAAUCCGCUCAGCAUCUAAGGGACACGACAUGCUCAGUGGGUGUUCAGGUACUCAGUGUGUCUGUGAGGGGUUCUGCCGUAUCUCCACGAAUCCAGAUGAAGAUGCGCUGGCACCGGUGGAGGCAGCGCAGCGCUCCCAGCCCACCACACCGAGGGGCGCCGCAGCGCAUGCGCACAUCGCGCUGGGGACCCGACUCCACGCGGAAGCAGCGCUCUGUCCGGGCAGGCGGAAGUGACGUCACGCAAGGGUUUGUCCACGCCUCGCAUCUCCGCCGGGCGGCGGGUGGCGCGCGGUGCGGUUGUCGUUCCGUCGGAGGUCGCGGUGGAGAAUGUCGGCGCCGCUGCGGCGCCUGCAGCAAGCGCCUCGGCACCUGCUGGUGUGCGAGAAGGGCCACGCGCGGCACGAGCGCUCCCGCCACGCGGCGCACGUGCGGGACCACGCCUACAACUGCCGCGUGUCUGUGCUGAUCCCCGAGUGCGGCGUGCUGCCACAAGUGCUGAAAAGCGCCGUGGCGGACCUCGGGGAGUACUACGUGGUGAGGGGCUUGUCCGUCCAUCAGCUGGUCGCUCACGAAUUCGUUGAGUCCUUUGUGAGGAAAGGUUCAUGCUAUGCACUUGCGUAUAACACCAGAAUUGAUCAAGAUAACACAGCAGCUUUACUACCAACUGGAAAACUAAUUCUGUCAGUAGAUAAAGAUACUUAUGAGGAACUUGGACUACAAGGCCGCCCUUCUCGGUAUUCUGGUAAAAAACCAAUGAGAUACAUUAUAACUAUUGACUUGACCGAUUCCAGCUUUCACCCAGAUGGCAAGAAACAUAAGAGGGUGCUUUGGGCCUUGAAAGAAAAGAAACCUUUAGAAUUUGACUUCUUACUGGCUUGGUAUAAUUCAGGUGCAGAGGGAUCAACACUGAUGUCAUACUUUUCAAAAAACCAAAUACAGGCCCUAAAGCCAAAAGUAACAUUCAGCACAUUAAGAGACCUGCAGUGUCCAGUGUUACAAAGCAAUGAACUUCAAGGAAAGCCAGAAGAGUCCUGCAGUACAGAGGAACUGUUUGAAUGGCUGGGUGCUGUCUUGAAUCAAGUUAAUCUAGAUAAUGUAUCUUCUAGUUUUUUGUCAACCUAUUGCUGUCCUCAGCCCAACACAAUAGUGGACCAGGCAUUUUUGUGCACAAUCACAGGCUUCAUAAUUCCUGAGAAGAUAAUUCAGUUACUGGAGCAGCUGUGUUGCUAUUUUGGUGAACCAAAACUGGCACAGUGGCUCACCUUAACUGUACAUGGCUUUGCAGACAGCCCUGUUUCAUGGAGAGAGAAUGAACAUGGUUUUCACAAAGGAGGAGAGAACUUGUACAACUUUGUCAUUUUUAGAAAUCUGGACUACUGGCUUCAGAUGGCUUUAGGAACUAAUGAUGAUUGUCCUCCAUAAUGCUGUCUACAGAAAAAGCAUUCUAGUAAUCCCAAGAUACUGUAUAAAAACAUAGUUUUUAUAAAAAAAUAAUUAGAUAAGUUAAAUCUUAAGAGGCUUC